AUGCAGAUUUUGGAUUGGGUAUUAGGACAUAAUGAAGCUUUAUUUAGGCGAGCUCAGUUAAAAGUCCUUGUCUCCAUCCACAACCAAGAGGCCGGCAAGGGUGGUGAGCUUACACAUGACGAGACAACAAUUAUAAGUAGGGCACUAGAUUUAACUGAGAAGAUAGCUGAGGAGGCUAUGACACCCAUUGAAUCCAAGUUUUCCUUAGAUGUCAAUUCAAAGUUGGACUGGGAGGCUAUGGGAAAAGUUCUUGCUCAGGGGCAUAGUCGAGUUCCUGUCUAUUCUGGGAAUCCGAAGAACAUUAUUGGACUGCUUCUGGUGAAAAGUCUUCUUACUGUACGACCUGAAACAGAGACUCCAGUCAGUGUCAUUUCCAUCCGGAGAACACCACGAGUUCCUGCCGAUAUGCCACUGUACGAUAUAUUAAACGAGUUUCAGAAGGGCAGCAGUCAUAUGGCAGCUGUGGUGAAGACUAAAGGGAAAAGCAAGCUUCCUACAAUUGAUGGGGAGAAGACUUUUUUGUGGCUGCCUAGUAAUAAUUUUACAGAACAUCCAGGUCUUAAUGAGAAAUUAAAAUGCAUAAAGCAACAUUCAAUGUUGGAAGUUUCUUUGAUUAAUAUUCAGGUUCAAGGUUAG